UAAUCUUGAAGAAAAGAAGACCUGACAAGAGAUUCAAAAAUGGUAGAGAUUGGGAUGUUUCGGAAUAGUAAACUAACCGAGUCCAUCGACCAAUGGCAUAACUUGAUGAAAGACAUGAGAUUCAUCUAAUCAAUUCUUAGUGAGGAUAGCCCUUAUGCUAGGAUUAUGAAUGCAGUUGUUUCACUCAAUAAAUGGUUUGAAGAUUUUUACAUUGAACGGUACGAAUGUUAGAAAUCUUAAAAGAAAAGAAGAAUGUAUCCUUUCGCAAGAUACUCACUCAUCCGUCAUCCAAAAGCAAAAAACAGUCAAUAAAAAAACCCAGACCGUAUAGCAUAGAAUGAUAAAUGGAGUAGGACGGGCAUAAAUAUCUCGAAAACUGCGUCUUUUUAAGAUACAACAGGUUUUAACAUCCACAUGACUAAGCAUUGGUCUGCUCAGGGCACUCCAGCUAUUAUGACCACUCCCAGCAAUAAAGCAUUUUCACAUACAGUUCUUUGGUGCAAUUUCAGCCAAAUUUGUUGUGUCAAUGGAACUCAGAAAUCCUCAAAAGUACUCGUCAAAAAAGUAAAGGUUAAUUAACAUAAACCGUAAAAGAAAAGUACCAUUUAAGUCAAAAAAGAAUGCUCCUUGAGUCGCUGUCACUGGCUAUUACAUAGAUUUUACUUGAAAAAGCCAUGGAUGAAAUGGAUUGCGUUUGUGAGAAGAGAGGAUACUAUAUAAUGGUAGAUAUUCACCGGCCAACAGAAAAAGGUUAUGAAAGCGUUUAUCUCCUGCCUUAUUCUCCCAGGCUUAAUCCUAUUAUCAUUUAACCAAAGUAAGACUCAGUCAGUUAACCGUGAGCAUCUUAGAGCAUUUGCACAACUCAGCGACUGUGGAAAAUCUAUUUGAUAAACUUUUCUUCUGCCAACCAUUUUAUCAUAUGCACUGUGCUUUCAACCUCAAUCUCCACUUAAGGAUAAUUU